GAUUUAAGUAAAGCGGGAUAAAUUUGAAUGUAUACAAAAUUUCUCUCAACUGUGAAGAAUAUUUCACCGCGUUCCGGUGAAUGGGCUAACAAAUUUGGUCCAGUUGCAUUAUUCGGCUAUGACUAUGGUGCUCCAGGCAGCUCAGCCAAAAUUCUGCAGCAUUUUUAUCAAUGCCCACGUGACUGUGAUUUUUACGCCGAGCUCACGUUCCACGACACCACACCGAUCGAAUGUCCGCCGGAGACGGUGGUUUUUCUCCCAGUUUUUAAGGCUGGGUUGAUGGUUGAGGAGGGCCAUGCCGCAACACCUUCUCGCGAGGAAUGGUUUAUGGCAAGUAUGGAGGCAACAACUGACCUGUUGGAAAAAGGGUACAUUCCUGUAAGUGUUGGUGGUGACGGGUCCGCCACUCACAGCAUGAUUGAAGCACACAAGCGACUCAUUCCUCAGGAAGAUGUGGUUCUUAUUCAUUUCUCCGCCCAUCCACGAGUAGGGGAUGUAAAUUUACCCAUUAAUAUUAUGAUGGAGAAGGGACUUUUAAAAGGCGUAGUUAGUGUCUCCAACCGGUGUGUAUCAUCUGAGGACCGUAGAGUUCGAAAGCACCAUAAAAUGCUUUACAUGGAUAUGAAUGCCAUAUAUUCCAAGGGUCUUUUUUGCAUUCGUGACAUUCGAAAUGAUUAUCCUGUCUUUCUUAGCAUUAAUGUUGAUGCCUUGGAUCCCGCAUUUGCCCCUGCUGUAGAGAAUCCAGUAAGUGGUGGGCUAUCGACUCGAGAUUUAUUACACAUUCUCACUGGGAUUCGUGGCCCCAAAGUUGCUGGCAUUGAUAUACAUGGUUACAAUCCUUCGCUUGAUAUUUACCGUGGUGAUGGCGUUGGGCUUACUCAAAUUGCCCUAUCCAAGAUUAUCAAAGAAUGUAUUUUCAAAUCCUGCUCAAUUUCCACACAGACAGAAGAGGAGGGAAUGUCUCGAAUUAAGAUGUUACAACACGAGGGCACGCUUUCUGAUAAUCCCUAUCCUGAUCAUUAA